ACGGAAGUUUAUGCCGAGGUACGUAAAUAAAGUUACAUGCUUGAAAAUUAAGCUCAACACUUCCACGACUCAGAUUGAACGACCAACUUCAAAAUUGACACGUUUGAAACAAGUCCUGAUCUGUACUGUUUUGAUCACAGCUUUGUUUUGCGACAGUCGUCGGUAUUUGGUCUGAGAAAAUGCAGUCGCUCGACGUUAAUAAGAAAGAUUCCGGCAAAAUAUGGCAUCGUAAGCCGAUUCCUUCAGGUGACAAUGGGUUAAUGGUAGAAAUCCAACAUGACACUUCAAGUGCAUUUUCUCUUCAAAAUCGCUAUGUUAGGUUUUUACACGCAGCUUUUGACAGCACAGGAGAUCGAUUUGUUGCUGGAGACCACCAAGGCAACAUCUACGUAUUUGAUCUUCUUAGAAACAGAUUUCAGCUUGUUCAGAAAACUGGUACAGCAUGUACAGCACUUGCAUUCACGCUGCGAAGACGAACAGAGUUUCUAGUCGCUCUCUCAGAUUGUUCACUGAAAUGUUACGAUACAGACACCAGGGAGUUGGUGAGCUGGAUGAAAGGUCAUACCACUCCAAUCCACACAAUAUCUAUCCAUGCCUCUGGUCGUUAUGCUCUUACAACAUCCAAUGAUAUAGCCCAACUAUGGGAUCUAGAUACGUUUGAACGGAAGAGAAAAUUAAAUGUUCGCCAAUCAGUGGGAAUUCUGAAGGUGUUUUUCUUACCUUUAAGUAAUACCAUCAUGACAUGCUUUAAAGAUGAUUCUAUCUUUGCUUGGGAAUCAGACACAUUACAGUGUAAAUAUCAGCUGACUAUACCAGCAGGACAAAAACCAGCGUAUAAAUCGUUUGCAACUCCAAAAGAUGGUAGAUUGUUGGUGGCCGGUGGAAAAUCACGAUUCAUACACAUAUGGGCUUUAGACACUAGAAGACUACUUAGGAUAAUAGAGUUACCAAAUAAAGUCAAAGUUGUCAAACAAUUGGAGUUUUUACCAGAAAGCUUUGAUGGUGGAUCAAGUCAGGUUGUCGGUGUACUCAGUCAAGAUGGCAUCAUGAGAUUCGUCAAUGUGAAUACCUGUAAGCUACUGUUUGACAUCGGUACACUAGAUGAUAGGAUACAUCACGUAACUGUGAGCUCACAUGGUAGAUUUAUCGUAGCCGUCACUGAGAGUGGAAAAACGAAUAUAUACAGUGCACAAGCCCUGACUGCUGAACUGAAUAAGCCUCCCCCACCAUUGGUGAAAGCCAUGUCCUGUAAAGAUAAGUCAGCGGAUUUGUCAAGAUCCCGAAUGUUGCGAUCAGUCACACCUAAAGAUACUGUAACUGUGACAACAAAAGACAAAAAAAAAACACGAAUGAUUGAACCGGGCAUGAAAGUCAGAACCCCAACAUUUGAAGAUGAGACUUGCGAGUUGCCUGAAGGUCUCAAUAUGGAUAGACUUAUAUCAAUACUGAAAGGUUACGGUGAAUACCCAUCCAAAUAUAGGAUGUUUAUUUGGAGAUCUCUGUUAAGGCUUCCUGAAAACCAUGCAGCAUACAGUAGUCUCACUGAUAAAGGUACUCACAUAGCCUGGGCAAACGUACAUGAACAGUAUCCAAUUAAGAGUAGAAAACUGCUGCGCGUACUUCAACGGACUCUUUCUGGUCUUGCUCACUGGUCGGCCAUCUUUGGCGAGACGGAUUAUCUCCCCCUGUUGGGUUUUCCUUUUAUCAAGCUAUUUCAAAAUAAUCAGCUUGUCUGCUUUGAAGUUAUUGCUACUAUACUGUUAAAUUGGUGUCAACAUUGGUUUGAAUUUUUCCCAAAUCCACCGAUUAAUGUCCUAUCAAUGGUAGAGAAUGUACUUGCAUAUCAUGAUAAAGAAUUGUUACAGCAUUUUAUUCGAUAUAAUGUCACCACACAGAUUUAUGCGUGGCCGUUGAUGGAGACUCUGUUUUCUGAAGUUUUAACAAAAGAUGAAUGGUUAAAGCUAUGGGACAAUGUAUUUUCAAAUCAUCCGUCCUUUUUCCUGAUUACAAUAGUUUCAUACUGUAUUUGUUCAAGACAACCAUUACUCCAGUGUAUUGAUAAAGAAGACUUUGAGUAUUUCUUUCACCAUCGUAACUCAGUAGAUAUUGGCGCUGUCAUCAAAGAAGCGUAUCAUCUUCAAGACACUACACCAGACGAUGUACACCCAGUGAGGAUGUUGGACGAUUUCAAACCGCUUACUAAAGGACAAUAUCCGGUGUUCAAUAAAUAUCCUAAAUUUAUUGUGGAUUACCAGGCACAGGAACGUGAACGGAUACGACAAGAUGAAAUGGAGUACUUGAGACAGCGACAGGCAGCGAUGGAAUUGAAGAAAGAGACAGAGAAGAGACAACAAGAGGAGACAGCGUGGUAUCGUCAACAAGAACUGAUCAAGGAUGCAGAGGAAGAAAGGAGGAAGUUGCUGAUGGAAGAGGAACAGAAGCUUGUGGAUCAAAGAGUCAGAUUAAAUGCAAUGAAAAGAGAACUACGUAUCAAAGAAAUGCAACUGAUAGACGCCGCUAGAAGGAAGUUCGUACAUCACGAAAAACAACAGAGAGAGACAGAAUUAAAAAGGCUUGAUGAAGAGUUGGCUAGGAAGGUUAUGCUUAGAGAACAAGAGACAAAGUCAGCAAUGGAAGACGUGGAUAUUAAAAACAUGGAAUUGUAUGCACAGAAGAAAAUGUUAGAACAGGAGCUGGCUAGAAUCCAGUCUGAAGCAGAUUAUCAUAGAAGAGUUGACUAUGAUGCCAAAAGGAAACAGCAUGAACUUGAAGAGAGAGCACAACAGAGAGUAAUGGAUCAGGAAAGAGAAACAGAACAUGAUCUCAGAAAGGGCGUCCAGAGAACCGUAGCUCAAGCUGAACAAUUACACAGCGAUGCACAAAUGCGAAAGGAAACUGAAGUCAGAGGUCGACUGGAUGAUAUUGAGAGAGAACUUAAAUCAGUUGAGUUGGCGCGUCACAAUGAUCAAAACAGACAAAUGGAAGAAGAAAUUCAGGAUUUAAUGCGAAGACUUGAAGAGGGGAAGUUGGAAACAGCAAUGGAUGAGCAAGAACAAUACAACAAAUUUAAAGCGCUGUCUGAAGUGGCGGAGAGAAGACGAUUACAGUUGUUACAAGAAGAAGCCACACUUGCUAGAGAACAUGCCGAAGAACUGAGGAAUUCAAUGGAUGCAUCUUUUGAGCGUCUAAGAGAUAUCAGAACACAACACGUGGAGAACAGUGUGACAAGUCCGUUACUACCAGAAAAUGUCAGAACAAACGGCAUCACAUCAACUGACAAUACAUGUUUGAAUAAUUUGAGUUCUUCACCGGAUAGCGAUGUUCCAUUUACAUUGGAUCGUGGACGAAAGACUUUUGAAAGACGAGAACAGGAACUGCUGAGAGAGGUUAGAGACAUGCGAAGAAAACUUGCUUCAGAGAGCAGAAGAGCUAAACCGCCACCUGAUUAUAUUUCUGAUGAUGAUGAAGAAUAA